AUGACUAGACCAAAGCGCGGCGUCCGCUUCUCCCACAAGUCCGGCAACGGCAGCGGCUCUGAAGGUCGUCGGUCGAGCUUCAGCGACGUCAGCGAGGAUGGCUCUCCCUCGCGCAGCAAGCCUCAACUGACUCUCGAGACUGUCGACGAGAAACCACCCACCGCCGAGGAGCAAAGAGCCGAGUACGAAAAGAAAAAGGCAAACUUCUGGACGCGCACGUUAUGGACCUUUGUCAUGAUUGGAGUCUUCUUCGGCGCCCUCUUCAUGGGCCACAUUUACAUGAUUGCCAUUGUCACCGCCGUCCAGAUCAUCUCCUUCAAGGAGGUCAUUGCCAUUGCCAACGUACCCAGCCGCGCACGCUCUCUGCGAUCGACCAAGAGCCUCAACUGGUACUGGCUUGCUACCACCAUGUACUUUUUGUACGGCGAGAGCGUCAUCUACUAUUUCAAGCAUAUUGUUCUGGUUGACAAGGUGCUGCUUCCCCUCGCUACCCAUCACCGUUUCAUCAGCUUUAUCCUCUACGUCUUUGGGUUCGUCUUCUUUGUCGCCUCGCUCAAGGCCGGUCAUUACAAGUUCCAGUUUACCAACUUUGCCUGGACGCACAUGGCCCUUUACCUCAUCGUCGUCCAGGCGCACUUUGUCAUGAACAAUAUCCUUGAGGGCAUGAUCUGGUUCUUCCUCCCCGCCUCUCUCGUCAUCACCAACGACAUCUUUGCCUACAUUUGCGGCAUCGCCUUUGGCCGCACCCAGCUUAUCAAGCUCUCGCCCAAGAAGACGGUCGAGGGCUUCGUCGGCGCCUGGAUCAUGACGGUAAUCUUUGGCAUCUUCCUCACCAACCUCAUGAUGAAGUCGAAAUUCUUCAUCUGCCCCGUCAACGAUCUCGGCGCAAACAUCUUUACCGGCCUGCAGUGCAACCCGAACCCCGUCUUCUUGCCCGCCACCUAUGAGGUUCCGCAAUUCUUCUUCCUGCCGCAGCACCGCACAAUCACUCUUACCUUUGCUCCGAUUCAACUCCAUACCUUUGUUCUGGCUUCGUUUGCCUCGCUCAUUGCACCUUUUGGCGGCUUCUUCGCGUCGGGACUCAAGCGCACCUUCAAGAUCAAGGACUUUGGCGACUCCAUCCCCGGACACGGCGGCAUGACCGACCGCAUGGAUUGCCAAUUCAUCAUGGGUUUCUUUGCGUACAUGUAUCUUCACACCUUUAUUGCCGUCUACAAGGUCGAUCUUGGCACUGUAUUGGAAGCUGCCAUUACCAGACUAGGCCCCGACGACCAAGUCGAGCUUGUCAGGAGCAUGUGCCGAUAUCUUGGCAACCAGGGCAUUUAUCCAGAAGGCCUCGCCGGAUGCAUUGACCACGCCAUGGCUCCUCGUCAAUGA